AUGCGAAAGCACUUCGUGCAGACCCCCACGUCUGAUCGGGUGCCGGAAGGUUCCACAGUUCAGUUACAGUGUGUGGCACCAGAAAGCGAUCCAAAAGCACAGCUAACGUGGAUAAAAGACGGCGUUGAGCUCGAGAAAUCGGUCGACUCGAACGUCAUUUACGGCAACGAUGGAAGUCUGAUCAUUUCGGCCGCUCGACUUCGUGACUCCGGCAACUACACUUGUGAAGCCACUAACAUUGCAAAUCGUCGAGUAACGGAGCCUGCCACGUUGAGUGUCUAUGUGAACGGCGGCUGGUCAUCAUGGUCGUCAUGGACGGGAGCAUGUGCAGCCGACUGCGUGGCACUUCGUCGCGCUCUGGAAAGUGACGUCGGCUCUGAAGUGAUUCCCAGAUUGAGAAGGACACGAACCUGUAACAAUCCCGCUCCUCUGAAUGGUGGAGCAUAUUGCUCUGGAGACGAGGAGGAAUUUCGAUCAUGUAAUCUCACUUGCCGUCUUGAUGGUCGAUGGUCUUCUUGGUCUGACUGGUCUCCCUGUUCUCCUAGUUGCCAUCGUUUUCGUUCUCGAACUUGUACUCAACCACCGCCAAUCAAUGGUGGCAGACCGUGCGCCGGGCGUGAGUUGGAAACAGUACCUUGCAGUGAAGACUACUGCGUCCCGUCUUCGGCACAGCAACCUCACCUAGCCAAUGAAGCCACGGUCUAUGGUGGAUUGGCUUGCGUACUGGUGCUUCUGGCGAUCAUCAUGGCUUUGUGCACAGCACUUUUAUGUAAAAGAACUAGGGAGAAGAAAAGCAGUGUGAAGAACAUCUAUUACGCAGAAAGUGGCUCUCAUGUACGCCACGUACUACUUGAACAACAGCAAAAAGCUCUGCUGGCCGAUGAAUGUGUAAAGCCACCACCUGUCGGUUCGCAGUUCUUCACCUUAGGUAGCACUUGUUCUCCGUCUCCACUUCAUCCAUCAAUGACGCUUCGAUCUGCUAAAAGCGCAUAUAGUGGCUAUUCGGCAAAUCGAAAUACGGGUUCUCGUACAGCCCUAAUCACCGAGUGCUCGUCAAACUCGUCCUCGGGAGGCGGAAAGUGUACAAUCGUCCGCACAAGUUCCAACUAUUCUGACGAUGAGAACUACGCAACACUUUAUGAUUACCUGGAUGAGAAGGCUAUAGGUUAUCUGGGGUCAUCACAAGCCGUCCUAGCGGCUCAAGUGGAUCAGAGUGGAGCUCGUCUACAACUUCGAAAAUGCGGCGCCUCAUUAUUGAUUCCGGAGAACUCAUUCGAUUGCGAUCGCAUGAUUUAUGUGGCCGUUUCUGAUCAGCUCAGCGACCGUCCUAAUCUCCAACCCGGCGAAUCAGCGCUAUCGUCGGUGGUGGUGCUAGGCGAAUGUGAAGGCGAACCGGCAAGUCCUCUGCGACUGAUGCUGAAACCACUAGUACUUUCGUUCAGACAUUGCGCUUCGGUAUUUCCAAAGGACAAUUGGUGCUUCAUAUUAUACGCUGAUGAAGGAUUCGGAUGGCAACGUGUGUUGACUGUUGGCGAGGAGAACCUUAAUACCACGAUGUACGUAUUUAUGGAGAAGCCAGGCAGAAGCGAUGGUGGCAUGGGCUGGUGCCAUGUAAUGCUUGACACCUUCGCCAGGGUGAUGCUGGCCGGUCGACCUCGGCGAUCUUCGAUUAGUUCAUGUAAAAGAAUUCAUCUGGCUGCUUUUGGCCCAUCGGAGAGACCGAGAACGUCCACAUUCGAGCUAAGAGUCUAUUGUGUGCUAGAAACAGGAGCCGCCAUGGAAAGCGUUGCUAAACAGGAGCAACAUGGACGACUACUCGCGGAAUCCGAUCAGUUCCUAUUAAAUGAAAAGGGUGAUCUGUGUUUCUGUGUCGAAGACGUCUCUGAAGGGUUUAGCAUACGCGGGUCGACACUGCUGAGCGAGUCAGACAGGCAGGUAGAGGAGUUCAUGGCGCGAAUAGUCGUCUAUCAGAAGACGAACAACGCGGAACGACAUGUUCUACAAGUGCGAUUCGAGAACAACAUUUAUGAUAAACCACCGUUAGAAGAAGACCGUGUGGUCACAGCAGAUUUUCAUCUACCCAUCGACGUGAAGGAACGAUUGUCGCAGUUGCUUGACCCACCUACUGAUCCAGAACGAGACUGGCGAGGACUAGCGAGAAAACUGCAUAGCGAUCGGUAUAUUCAGUAUUUUGCCACUCGUCCUGGUUGUUCCCCAACAACUCUGCUGCUAGAUCUGUGGGAAGCAAGAGAGUACGGUUCGCUGAGAGCUACUCAUGACCUUCUACAAACACUCCGAGUGAUGGGACGACCAGAUGCUGUGGCGCUGGUCGAGAAAUACCUCUCACAUUUCUCAUAUACUACCUAA